AUGCCUCGCCCAAACGCCGCCAUCCCCGACUUCCUCCCACCUCUCCAUCUCUACCGACACCUCCUCCGCGAAUGCUCCUACCUCCCCCCCGCCUUCUCGCCCACUAUCACUUCGUUAAUACAGACUCGAUUUCGAAAUCACCGCAGGAAUCAUUCAAUGAAAAAGAAGCACCGCGCCAAAGCCAGCAAUGCGCUGCGCACAUUGAGAGCGGCCAACUGUGGGGACAGACCGUCCAUGGAAAAGCUCAUCUAUCAUGGCUUUGGAAGAAUGGGCUUUCGUCGAAGAAGACUGGUGGCCGAUUUUGUGCGCCCAGAAGGCCCUAGCGACUCGGAUGCAUUAGAGGCUCUCAUUGAUGGGGAUGCUACCAAGAACAGUGCUGGGAAGACUGACAACGCUGCUGCCGACGUAUCGAAGGCAUUGAAUGAGCAAGAGGGUUCCCCGAAUGAUACAAACGCAAACGAGAAUUUCGAGGAAAAACGCCCCGCGGGUCGAUGGAACAGCAAACCAGUACACAUCAGAAACGACUUUUACGAGAAGUGGGACUUGGACAAGGUCACAAGGCUCCUUUCAUCCCAGCGGGAUUUGCAAAAAAAUAGCAAUCUCAGCUGGCUCAAGCGCAAAAUCAAGGGUCUGAAGCCGUCGGGGGCUGUCCCUAAAACCAAUCUCUGGGGAAAGCCACUCGCCGAGAAUGUUGUUCGAGCAAAGGAGGCUCACUUUUGGCGUAGAGCCAUUAGCAAGAUGAUGGUCCCCUUGAGCAAUGGCGAAUGGGAACUGCUUGGACAGUUGAGCAAGGGCGCACAGGAGCAGGGCGAGUGGAAAGUUCCCACAAGACGACCAGCUGCGAGCCCUGUCCAGGCCGUCGAACAAAACACUAUGUCGAACUGGAACUGGAAGGCCUAUGCGAGCCUGCCCGCUUCCAGGGUUGAACGCAGGCCGAAAAAAAGCUCUUUCGUCAGGCCCGAGGGAAAGGAAGAGGAACCGUACCAAGCACAGCUCAAGAAGCGCGAGAUUUCACCACGAUGGUUCCGCCGAGCAUAUCAACGAGCAUGGCAGUUUACACCAAAGAUGGACCAGGAUCCGCGGACGCUAAAACACACUUUUACUUGGGGGACUAUCAAAAAGACCACAGUCUGCGCAUCUAAUAGGCAGCUUUCUAUCUUUGAUGGUGUCGACAGCCACGGCCGGAUGAUCAAGCCCAAGACUGAGAGUCCUUCUACUUCCUGA